AUGGGGUUGGAAUCAGCUAAAGCCGAAAAGCGAGAAGUGAAAGAAGAAAACGAGAGGUUAAAAAUGAUAUUAUCUCGAAUCAUGAAGGAUUACCAGUCUCUGAAAAUGCAUUUCCAUGACAAUGCCCAACUGCAAGAUCCUAAAAAACCUGCAGAUACAGUUCCUGUUGAUCAAGAAGAUGAAGAACAAGAACUAGUCUCUCUGAGCCUAGGGAGAUUUUCAAGUGAACCGAGGAAGGAUGAGAAGAAGAUUCAUGAAACCAGCAAAAUCAAAGAGGAUGGUAAGCAUGGUCAUGGAGGACUUGAGCUAGGGUUGGAUUGCAGAUUUGACCCAAGUCCAUCUGAACUCCCCAAAAAUCUAAGCACCAAAAGUAAAUCCAGUGAAUCGAAGGAAGAAGAACCUACUGAGACAUGGCCACCCAGUAAGAGUCUGAAGACAGUCAGAGGUGAAGAUGAUGAUGUUACAUUCCAGAGCCCUUUGAAGAAAGCUAGGGUUUCUGUUAGAGCUUUAUGUGACACCCCCACGGUUAGUAUCUGGUUUUUAUCCAAAAUGAUAUAUACUUUAGUACUAACUGUUUUUUGUUGUGGAAAGAUAACGGUAUCAAAAGUUACUUUUUAA